UUGUUUGAAAUAAAGGAACCUCCAUUAACAAGUCUAGUAGAGAAUGAAGCGACGAUGAUAAAGAACCAAACAAUGGCAAUUGUUUUUGUAUGUUUUUGUUUGAGCACUCAUCCUUUUCCUACCCAUGCAAGGAACAGUGGAAAGCAAAACCUGAACCCAAAGCUUAUCCUAACUAAAAAGAAUCACUUCAUGCAAACCAUUAAGUCAUCCUUCCCUCUUCUCCUAUAUAAACAUUCUCCUACUUCCAAUUCACCCUUCACUAACCAAUCUCAUACGUCAAUUCUAAACCCAUAAUAAACUUCAACAACAAAAACAACCCACCAUGUCGUUGAGUCCUCCCAGAGAGAGAAACAACGGCAAUGGCAGAAGGCGAGAGAGGCCAACGUUCCAGAUGUACUGGUGCUUCCAGUGCAAUCGCAUGGUCCGCGUCGCAGUGGAUACCAACAACCCCUCAGACGUCACGUGUCCGCGAUGCUUCGGACAAUUCAUAUGCGAAGUAAACGUGCCGCGCCCAAGACUCAUCGUCGAUUUCACUACCCCAGACCCUUCCCCAGAAGCGCGUUUGCUCGAAGCGCUUUCCCUCAUGAUGGACCCACCCAUACGCCGCUUCCCGGGUCUCCUUCAACCCGAACCCGAAGAGGUCCCCGUGCACCAUCACCGCCGCCGUCGCUUACGCCGCCGCCAACCCGAACCCGAACCCGUCCCUGAACCCCCACACCCCCGCCCUCGCACGUGGAUCGUAUUCCAGCCCAAUGACCAACCCAACCCCUUCCUGCCCAUUAACAACAUUCACAACCGCCCCGGCCCAGGCCCAUUCCCAUUCCCGCUCCCGCGCACCGUGGACACGCGCGACUAUUUCUUGGGACCUGGACUCAACGAACUCAUCGAACAGAUAACCGAGAACGACAGACAGGGUCCCGCACCGGCGCCGGAGAGAGCCAUCGACGCUAUUCCGACGGUGAAAAUUGCGAGCGCGCAUCUUAAGGAGAAUUCUAAGUGUCCAGUUUGUCAGGAGGAAUUCGAGGUUGGCGGAGAAGCGAGGGAACUUGCGUGCAAACAUAUAUAUCACUCGGAUUGCAUUGUUCCGUGGCUGAGGCUUCACAAUUCUUGCCCUGUGUGCCGUCACGAGGUUCCUGUGCCGUCUUCUUCAUCGGAGGAGGAUGAGUGUAUUGAUGUGAGCGGAGAUGAAGGUAGGUUGCGGAGGUGUUUGAGGUGGACCCGUCGUUUUACUUCGGUUUGGCCUUUCAAUUCAAGGUAUCGACGGGUUCACCCUCAAGGAAAUAAUAAUGUUGCUGCUGCUUCUUCCAGGGGAUAUUUUGCAUCUGACAGUCCUACACUCUCUGGCGCAGCUAGAAGGCAACCCUCUUGCUGCAUUCUUUAAGCUCUUCAAUUAUUUACAUCCAAGGCUGAUGAACUGGUUAGGGUUGCAUCUUCUAAAGCCACUAAACAACAUGCCAUGAUCACCAGGUAACAUGGGCUUGCGAUUCAAAAAUAAAGUAAAAUGGCCCUCAAGCUUCAUUCAAAUUGAAAAUUAGAUUCAUCACCACAUACUACGACGUUGAGAUGCGUAUGAUACUGCCACUGUAAAUAUUAUUUGUUAUUGGCAAAGACAAUUAUCACAACACAACUGGAAGACUUUUUUUAUAAGAAAAAAAAUAUUACAAAUGCUACCUAUCUAAUAAAUUUAUGGUUAUCUGA